AGCGGUGAACGAGCGAGCGGAUGGUGACGGACUCGGGAGGCGAGAGGCGCGGAGCAACUACUCCUGCCCGCCCGGAGAAGAGACGGUACGAGAACGAGACGAGAGACGAGAGACGAGACGAGCGAAGAACCGCGAGCGCUCCGCUCCGCUCCCGACGGGUCGGCUCAUUCGGUCCUUCGUUCGGUGGAUGAUGCCCGAUGCGGAGGGAGGAGUCAGUGAGUCGAUCGAUCGAUCGAUCGAAGGAUUGGCUGAUUAAUCGAUGGAUUGAUCGAUUGUCAGUGAAGAGGGAGGCAGGCUUGAACGCAGUGAAAUCUCCGGCCGUGACCUUUCGCCGGCCACUUCAGGACAUUGCAACGAACAGAAGCAACAGCGAAGGCAGAAAGGAAGGGAGGGAGGCAGAGUCUCGGAUGCUCGAAGGGAUCAGGAGAUCAGGAGGGAGCGAUUGUUUAUGAAUUUGUAGCGCUUGUGUCGUGGGCGAGAGGGCGAGAGUGGAGGCACGUCGGGAGUCAGGGGCCGAACCGAACCGACCCGGACCUUCCCUUUCCUUGGCUGGGAGGGAGGGAGUGAGGGAGGACUGUACUGGACUCGACCGGACGCGUGCCGAGGCGAGGGCAAGGGGAUCCGAGGCAAGGGGACCAGGAAAACAGCCUGCGGAAGGAAUCGCUGAAUAUCGGGGCACUCCACCGUUCUUUCAAAGAAUUGCCUGCCUCGAAUGCCAUGUCUCUCGGAUCUUGCCAUCGCAUACUGACUUUCGGACUCGUCCCGAAUCUUGGCUGCGAAUUUUCCGAUAUAUUCGGGUGCCUUUAGAGGGCUGGCAGUCUGUAGUGAAUUGGUGGGGCUCUCGGGGGAUGAUUGAUGCAGUUCCCAGCGUCAUCAUUGCCAUCAUCAGCCUCUACAUAUGCCUCUGCUUCCGCUUCUGCCUUUGAUGAGGGAGAGCCAGGAAGAAGAAGGAGCCUUCCGAACACCAGAGUAUCAGCUCCGUCUCUUCUCAGCAGUUUGGUGCCACCUUGACGGCAAGGCAAGGCAAGGGAGCAAGGGCGGGACACUUCCAUCACUGCUCAAUGUCUGAGUUUAGUAAGGUAGCGUUUUGGCGGUGCGGAGUGAGCGAGAGUGAUUCCUAGGAGAGAAAAAUCGGUUUUAGCCGGCCAUGUGUCACUGUAGCGGAACUGCCGAACUUUGUAGUGUGUGUGCUUCUUCUUCUUCUGAAUUGCGUCCGACUGCUGGCUGGCUCGCUCCCUUGGGUGUGGUAUCGUGCGUUUCUGGAUCGAAGUUGUUGUAGUCUGCAAUGGAGUCAGCUUGCUCGCUCGAAAGAGGGCCAAUUUUCACAAUAUCGAGAAUAAAUCAAAGCCCCCACAAACCCUCUCGGGCUACUCUUUCUUCCCCUGUACUUUCAGCCAAAUGUGCAAAUUUGCUAUCAGUGGCCAACAGCAGCGCACAGAGGCAUGUUCUCUCCUGCAAGGACGUUUCUCUGGGCCGGCCCGUGUUAACUCUCACUGUAACCGGAUGUUUCACCAAUGUCGAAAGUGGUCGCGGUCGAGCUCGGGUACCCUGUUCAUCCUUCCUGCAGCGUCUUCACAAAACUUCUUCUGUUGGAAGAUGCCAUAGCGAAGACGCUUGUUUCAUUUCUUCCAGGCUAGUGAGUUUCAGGGAACUUGAUUUGAAAUGUUGCGGCAUUUACGAUGUUCUUUCAAGACGGGCUGUACAUCUCGACAGGAAGCAGUCUUUGACCAAUGUCAUGUCGACCAUGAUUUUGAGUUAUCGGAUGCAGCCGCAAGAGACGUUCGCACAAGGAUCUGGACAAAGCCGAAUGAGAAGACGUUCUUUUCAACUUUACGGCAAGAGAAUUCCGCGUGGAGGUUAUCGACAUUUAUGUGAAGCAAGUGCCCAUGAAGACAAGGGAAACACAGUACCUGAUGAUGAGAAAUCAGAAUCUUCAUCAGAUCAAAACCCUUCACCAGUUCCAAAGAAGGAUGCUGAUAGCCCUGGAGCUUCGCCACCAGAAUCAGAACCUCCUGAAUCUGAUUGGCGAAGUUUCCGUGCCAGACUAGUGGUGAGUGAACAGCAGACUUCGGAAAUUGAAGAAACAGAGACGUCGGACGGUACGGCGGCAGCCACUAACAACGACCUGGAAGGCACUUUGCCCAAGAGAUGGGCUCAUCCCAUCUUAGCGCCAGAAACUGGUUGUGUACUGAUCGCAACAGAUAAGAUUGAUGGGCAGCAAAGCUUUGAACGAUCUGUCAUUCUGCUUUUGAGUCCUGGGUCAACAAAUCCGCGUGAAGGACCUUAUGGGCUUAUUCUCAAUAGGCCUCUCUCCUGUCGAAUCAAGGAUAUCAAGCCCAAAGACAGGACUCUAGUGAAAUUUUUUGGUAACUGCCAGGUACAUCAUGGGGGGCCAUUGGACGAAGACAUGUUUCUCUUGCUUCACGGUACCGAAGGAGUAAAAGGAUAUAGAGAGGUGAUACCGGGUGUUUAUUACGGUGCUGCUAGUGGUUUAGAAGAGAUUAUGAGAGGAAGGCGCCCCCUGGACUACCGUUUCUUCUUCGGCUACUCAGGGUGGAGUGUAGACCAACUCAAGAAGGAAAUAGAGCAGGGCUUGUGGUGUGUUGCUGCUUGUAGUACCGACUUAAUCACAGGGCACUCAGCUGCAGGAUUGUGGGAAGAAAUCUUGCUGCUAAUGGGUGGCAAGUAUGCCGAACUGAGCAAAAGACCGCGUCGAAAGCACUUCUGAGGAGAAGUUAGUUGUGAUUAUUGUGUGAUCUUGGUAUCGAUUAUUGAGUUCUUCCCAUAAUCCCGAGUAGUUGCUAGAGUCAUAGCUCCGAGGACAUCUUGACUGCAGCCUGGACCAGUUGGUGGAGGCAGUGCGUCCGUCAACCCAAAUUGUAUAUUUAUACCAGUAAGCCAAAUUUUUGAGUGUCGCUAGUAUCACUGCCG